UUUGCACUGUUGGGAUCCUUGCGGAGUUGCCCAAUGUCAGCUGGUUUUACCACUCCCUACCGCCUUGAGAGAUUUUACCACUCCAAUGUCAGCUGCUGUUUUUUCAGAGUCCCUAGUUGGAUGGGGGAACUCCGUAACCUGGGCUACUUGCGCUGCCAAGUUGGGGAGCUGCCAGCUGACGGUGCUGGUAUCCUUGCGGAAUUGCCCGCCCUCACUCACCUCGUCAUAAAAAUACGAGAUGCCACAAAGGAAAUGAUUGUCAUCUAUGGGGGAGGAGCGUUCCCUGCUCUAAAGAGUUUUGAUCUCCAAUUAAGCAGGCCGUCGUACCUGACAUUCCAGGCUGGUGCGAUGCCCAAGCUCCAGAGGCUCUUGCUGGUGUUCAACUGUAGCGGAUCGGAGCAGAACGGUACCGGGCCUGCCGGCAUGGAGCACUUGUUAACGCUUGAAGAAUUCUCUGCAAGAAUCGUCUGCAUUGGUGCUACGGAAUCCGAGAAGGCAAGCUCAGAGUCAGCCUUGAGGAGUGCUAUCAACAUGCAUCCCAGCCAUCCUCGUGUUUUAAUUUUCUUCUUAACAAUCCCAGACGCAGUUUUCUAUAGGACUAAUUUUUUUCCUUCGGCUCAGCGGCAAGCAGCUGGUAACUGUGUCACCUCCCCUCUCCCGACCUCCGGAAAUUCAGGAGUGGAUGGCAACUUCUUUUAUCUGUGACAACAUGGUGGGAAAAACAGAGGAAUUAAUGCUGCAGGCUGACAUAUAUGUCACAACAGAUGGAGGUGUCCCAGCCGGAAGAUCGAGCUACAGCUUUGCUUCGUGCUAUCUCAUUUCAUCAAACUGUUUCUUCUCUUCUGUCAAUCUGAUUCAUCAUCUCACUGAGUUGCAUUCUGCCUCUCAGAGAUGAUAAUAAUCAGGCUUUAAAUUAUAUUGUAAUAAUGCUUGGUUGUAGCCGUAGGCAAGAGUUUGCACUCUGCACUCACUUGCCCAGCCUCCGAGUGAUCUUGGUUUUUUAUUGUGGUGUGUUUAUUUUCUACUUCAUUUGUAUCGAAUUGAUCGUUCCUUUUUGUAUUGAACUGAACCAUCCAUUCUUGAAGAUUCAUGAUAAAUUUCUUUGGUUUGCUAACA